AAUUCCCCCCAAAAGCAAAAUGAAAGUCCUGAAUUUCGAACGUGGCGGCGAUCAGCUGGUCGCGGUGCUGCCCUCUGGACGGGAUUUCGGGCAACCAACUAGACAACAAGACAGAUCCCGAUUCCCGAUGUCUGUCUGAGGAUUUGUUUGUUGUUUUUCUUGCCUCCUGCGGGCCCGCUUCCUCACUAUGUGGUUAAUUAUCCCCAUUUUACCCUGACCUCCGUGCCCUCCUCCUGUUGGACAAGUAACCGCAGCAACUCAUAAAUAUUUGAAUUGCAUUUCAUCACCUUUGCUCUGCAUUACCAACAGACAAAAUGAUUGUUAACUUCUGUUUAAAGAUAUGUUAUGAAAGCUCUACAAUGAGAAGAAAACAGCUGCUGUUGCUGAAGGUGGGCAUAGUUGCCUGGCUUCUGGUGGUGUACAUACUCUUCACAUAUCAGCCGUCAACCACUUCACCCUCACUCAGCCAGAAGUCCCAUAACAUCAACCAGCAGCUAGACAAACUCGAAGAUGAGCUAAGCAAGCAGUCAAAGUUCUACAGCUCACUCCUAGAGAAGCUGCGAGGACUACAGCGACAGCAGCACGAAGACCAACACAUUAGUAAUGAGGAGGAUGACUUCAGACUGAUAAAGGACGGACCGGUACUUCCUAUUCUUCUCAUUGCCUGUAAUCGUGAAGCAGCUGUAAGAAGAUCUAUAGACUUGCUGCUAAAAUAUCGGCCAGACCAGGAACGAUUUCCAAUCAUAGUCUCACAAGACUGUGGCCACAAACCCACAAGAGAGACUAUAGAGUCAUACGGAGAUCAGCUUUCAUUGAUUCAGCAACCAGACCUGAGUGACAUCGAAGUGCCAUUGAAGGAAAGAAAAUUCAAGGGUUAUUUUCUUAUUGCACGACAUUACAAAUGGGCACUGACCCAAAUAUUUCAGAAGUUUAAUUAUGAGGCUGUAAUUAUAGUAGAAGAUGACUUGGAUGUAGCUCCCGAUUUCUAUGAGUAUUUCUCUGCAACUUACCCAAUCUUAAGAUCAGACCCAACGCUGUGGUGUGUGUCUGCGUGGAAUGACAACGGAAAGGCAGGCCUUGUAGAUGUUAGGAAUGGGAGUAGCAUUCUCUAUCGAACUGACUUCUUCCCUGGACUUGGGUGGAUGAUGACAAGGGAACUAUGGGACGAGCUGGGGCCAAAGUGGCCUCGGUCAUACUGGGAUGACUGGGUUCGUGCACCAGAGCAGAGAGCCAACAGAGCCUGUAUCAGACCUGAAGUCUCGAGGACGCGGACUUUUGGCAAGAAGGGAGUCAGCAAUGGGUUGUUCUAUGAGAAACAUUUGAAGCAGAUACAUCUAAAUGAAGUGUUUGUGCCAUUUACUAAACUUAACCUCUCAUAUUUACAUCAGGAGCAGUAUGAUCCCACUUUUGAGAAAGAAGUUCAGAAUAGUCAGGUAGUGAGUUUGACAGAGGUCAAGUCAGGUCGCUUGACUCAAGGUGUUAAGUACAAAAUUGUUUAUCACACAAAAGAUGUCUUCAAGAGGACUGCAAAGGCACUUGGCCUGAUGGAUGACUUCAAGGCGGGAGUACCAAGAACAGGCUACAAGGGAGUAAUCAGUUUCUUUUACGGGAAUAACAGAAUAUUCCUUGCACCGGGCAAUAACUGGCAAGGCUACAACCCCUCCUGGAGCUAGCAGCAUGCAUUAGUUAUCCAAAAACAAGUCGCGGAAGGUAGUAAUAGGCGACUUUCAAGGAGCCUUGUAGUAGAGACUUUGUCCUCAUUGCAGAUUGACUACUUGCUACCAAUUACUGUUAUGCAGAUUCACCCUCAUUUUUGUACAGUGCAGAAUUUAUAAGAAUCUUUUAUUUAUAGAUGACCCAUGUUGUUAUAUACAUAUAUAUAUAUAUCAUUUCGAAUUUAUUUUUAACAGUGUCAGUUUUUCACAUUUUCUUUCCUCUCUGGUGGAAUUCACUUUUCUGUUCGUUUUUGUUUUAGGAAUUAGUGUAGUGUGAAAAGUUUUAGUGAGUUUUAAAUCAUUCUUUUUAUGUUACCACAAUAAUGAUGAAUUGGAGAGCCAUCACAUUUUCAAUUUUAGUUAGUUUUUGUAUCAUUGUUUGUAGUGUUUUAAGAGGAUUUUUACACUAAUUGAAAAAUAUUUUUUUAUUGACAAUAAAUCUGUCAAAAUACUAAGCAAAUGAAAAUCGUUUCUUAAAACGUGAGGUACACCCAGGAAGAGAUUAUUGUUAUUUAUGCCUGUAAAUUAUGACAUCACAGAUCUGAGAAAUAAUGUGUGAAUAUUGUAUUGUUUUUUAGAUUUCAUAUGCAUUAUGCAGAAUGAACGGACCUGGAAAGCUGUCUCUGAGAGUCACUGUAAUUUAGAUGAUAACCUUUUCCCUUAUAUUAAGGUAGUGACAGAUUCAUUUCAUGAAAUACUUGUCAUGCCAGUAACCUGAAUUUCUGAAUUUAUAUAUUCCAAGAAGUUGUGCAAUGUGCAUGAUAUGAUUUUAAUCAAAUUCUGUAAAAUUAUUUGCGAAAGCAUCAUCUGAAAAUGUAUUUCUGUAUUUAGUAUAUGCAUCCAUUUUUUAAUCUUUUGGUAAUCCUUUAUAUACAUACAUAUAUAUAUGUGUAUAUAUAUGUGU